UGAAUGGUCUGAUCUUGGUGGUGUGGGGCUUGAUUGUGGUGCGCAGCCUUGCGCUCUGCGUGAAAAUCUGCCUCGCCCGUAUGGGCAUUUUUAUGUGAUUUCUGGAUUUUAUGUGGUGUAUAGGUUUUUCAACUUGACUUCUGAGGCUAUGCUUGAUGAUGUGUUGGCAAAGGGUAAGGAGUUUUGUGGAAAGAGAUGGGAUGUUGCGAAGAAAAGUGUUGCUCCGCAACCCUUUAUUGAGCAGUACUGCUUCAGGGCACCCUACAUUGCCUCUUUGCUGAGGGAGGGUUUGCACAUUAAUGAUAACCAAAUAACUGUUGGGUCUGGAAAUAUCACUUGGACACUUGGGGUUGCCCUUUUGGAAGCUGGAAAGGCAUUUUCCACUAGAUUUGGGUUUCGUGACUUGGAGUUUUUCCAGAUGAAGAUAAAUCCCCUUGUUCUUGUGCCCAUUUUGUUGCUUUCUUUUAUACUCCUUCUUUGUGCUUUAUCAUGUAUUGGCAAUUGGAUGCCAAGGUUUUUCCGGAGGCCAUUUCUUCCCAUUUCCAGGCAUAACAGUGUUUCUGGUGCUUCUGUCCUUAAUAUACCAUCUCCUUUUCGGUUCCAGCGAUGGAGUCCAAUUAACUCUGGGGAUGGAAGAUUAAAGAUGCCACUCAGCCCAACAGUUGCAGGUUCACAACAUAGCCCGUUUGGUCUAGGGCAUGGGCUUGAUGACAACAGUGGUGGCAUCCAGCUUAUGGAGUCUUCAUUGUACCCAUCAACUAGUAAUGUCUCACAUAGUUAUUCCUCAAACAGUUUAGGACAAAUGCGUCUACAGAGUAGGAGAUCACAGUCUCGAGAAGACCUGAAUUCCUCAUUGGCUGAAGCUCAUCUGGUGAAGGUUUAGGGCAUCAUCUUCUCAAAACAUUGGUAUGAUUUCAUUAAUAUCUUUUAAAAUUACGCCCCUCUAAUAGA